CUCGUGCGGACGGGAGAUCGAGGACAUGUCGGUGCCCCACCACGUCGUACGCUGUCAGCACUACCACGUCACCACGACCGUCCACAACGCCGUGAAGUACGUCCUUCGCGACAUCGCGCGCGAGGCGGGUUUCGCGGUCAGGGUGGAGGACACGGCGCUCAUCCCACACCUGGAGGAGGUGCGACGGCGCUUGACAGCCCAGCAGCAGCGGGAGGGGGCACAGGCGGGAGGGCCUACGCUGGCACAGGGACGGACUCGGACAGGACGGGGGGCACAGAGGGCCCAGGGAGGGGAGGAGGGACGGCAGGGAGGGGGGGAGGGACAGCAGGGAGGGGGGGAGGGACAGCAGGGAGGGGGGGAGGGACAGCAGGGUGGGGGGGAGGGACAGCAAGGAGGGGGGGAGGGGCAGCAGGGUGGGGGGGAGGGACACGAGGGAGGGGGGGGAGCACCAGGACAGCAGGGAGACACGACUAGGCAGCAGCCCACACUGCAGCACAGCACAGCCGGACGCGCAGGCCGCGCAGGAGCACCCGCACGCAUCCCCGACCUCACAUGCCGCGACGCUGAGAAGGCACUCAUGAUUAUUAUAGACGUGUCGAUAGCGGAUCCACAGCGGGGUGGGAACGCACAGUUUCGGCGAGCGGCAUCCACACAGCGGGGGGUGGCGGCGACGAGGCGGGUGCAGGAGAAGAUCAGGGACUGGCGGCCGGCCUUGGUAGGAGUGCAGCCGGAGCCGAUGUUCUAUGCGUGCGUUGCUGAGACUUUCGGGCACUUGAGCGUGCCACUGCGAGAUUUUCUGGGGCUCUGCUCACAGCGCAUAGCGACGCAGCGGCGGGACGCGGGUAGUGGGGAGGAGGCAUCGGCGCGGAUCUUUGAGUGCGCUCUCACCACGCGAGUUUCAGUGGCGCUGCAGCGUGCGCAGGCGAACAUUAUCACACAGCAUGCAGUGCGACAGCUGGGAGAGUCGGACGAUGCAUGGAUGCCGAUACCGGUACCGCUUGGCGCAGGCAGCUGGAGCGGACAUCACAUCAGUGGCUGCUUUGACAGUGUGGCCGAUAUGCAGUACCUGUUUGAUGGCUAUGUGUAGAUGAAAACAAGAGUAGGCUGUGCUUGAAACGCUGUGUCUGCGCUGUAGGCGCGGGUUGCUGCUUUGUCGUGUCCCUUGGACCCCUCCCUCCUUACAGUCACACCCCUCCUCUCUUCCACCUCUCUCACCUCCCCCUUUCUUUUCCCUUACUCUUAUCUUUCUUGAUCCUCCUACU